AUGGCCGACACCGAACCCCCACCCCCGCCAGCAGCAACAGCAGCCGCCGCCGCCGCCAUCGAGGAGCGCGAGACGCCGGCUGCACAAGAAAAAGAAGAGGCCAAGGACGAGAGGGCAGAGCAGAAAGACAACGAGCACGACGACGAGGGGGACAGUGAGCACGACGAAGAUGACGACGAAGAGGAGACCAGCUCAGACGCAGGCUCCGAGCAGGCCCCAGAAGGACCAUCACCAUCACAACAAGAACAACAACAGGCAGCAGCAGCAGCAGAGCCACCACCACCACACGAGACAGCCCCCCCUGCGACCGCCCCCCCUCGCGAACAAGCAGACACAUCACCGUCUUCACCACCCCCCACAGAAGCGCCAGCACUCGCCGUGCCCGAUGGCGCAGACGCGCCGCGCACCUCUGAGCAAAUGUUCGACCACCGCCUCCCGCUCCAGAAUCGCCCCCGAACAGACUCGCAGUCGACCGUCGCUACAACGGCGACACGCCCCUCGACACGCAGCUCCCUCGUUUUCGUCGUCACGGCCCUCGAGACAAUUGCUGCGUCCAAGGACGCCCGCAAGAACAAGAAGCUCGGAGACAGCACCAAUGCCGCCCUGUCGGCCAUCAAGAACGAGGGCGACCCCGCGCGGAUCAGCCCGGAGGUGCUAUUUGAGCCCCUUCAGCUGGCUUCCGAGGCCCCCAAUGUCCCCGUCUCUAUCGCUGCCCUCGACUGCAUCGGCAAGCUGAUUAGCUACUCGUAUUUCUCGGUCCCCUCCGAGCCACGGGCCGACAGCAGCGAGGCGCCGCCCCUGAUUGAGCGAGCCAUUGACACAAUAUGCGACUGCUUCCAGGGCGAGGCCACGGCCCCCGAGAUACAACUGCAGAUUGUCAAGUCCCUGCUCGCGGCCAUUUUGAACGACAAGAUUGUGGUGCACGGAGCGGGAUUGCUCAAGGCCGUGCGACUCACGUACAACAUCUUUCUCCUCUCCAAGUCUAGCGCAAACCAGCAGGUUGCUCAGGGUGCAUUGACCCAGAUGGUCGGAACCGUCUUCGAGAGGGUCAAGGCCAGGCUGGCUGCCAAGGAAGCUCGCUUGAACCUGUCGCGCGUGUCUCUCAACGACAAGAAUGUGUCUGAAGAGAGCGUACAGCAGGACGGAGCUAGUCCGGAUGGCGACGAGGCCAACGGCGACGACGAGCACGAGGAGUCAGCCGCGCCCAGCGACAAGGCCGUUGACCAACACACGGGGCCCAAGAUUACCCUGCAGAGCUUCGAAAACAACAUGAGCUUCAACGACGACCGCAUACACGACAAUGCGCCAACGCUCGUCACUCGCAUCCAAGCCAAGGCGGGAUCGCGCCAGGUUUCUGGCCACGACGGCUCGUCGCCCCACGUCAACACCGACGAAGAGGAAGAGGACGAGAUAUUUGUCAAGGACGCAUACCUCGUCUUCAGGGCCAUGUGUCGCCUAAGCACAAAGAGCCUGUCAGUCGACCAUGCCCACGACGUGCGCUCGCAAGGCAUGCGCUCCAAGCUCCUCUCGCUGCACAUGAUCCACACCAUCUUGUUUAACAACAUUGCCGUCUUUGUGUCGCCCUACGCCACGAUCCGAAGUGGCAGCGACGAGCCUACGAGUUUCAUCCAGGCCGUCAAGCAGUACCUGUGUUUGAGCCUUAGUCGGAAUGGUGCGAGUUCAGUAAAGCACGUGUUCGAAGUGGCCUGUGAGAUUUUCUGGCAGAUGCUCAAGUUCCUGCGCAUUUCACUCAAGAAGGAAGUCGAGGUGUUUCUCAAGGAGAUCUACCUGGCAACGUUAGACAAGCGAAGUGCCCCUGCAUUUCAGAAGCAAUACAUUUUGACAAUAUUCGGAAGGCUGGCUUCAGACCCCCGAGCCCUGGUAGAGAUCUAUCUCAACUAUGACUGCGACCGCACCGCGCUUGACAACAUGUUUCAACGCGUUGUCGAGCAUCUGUCCAAGAUAUCAAGCAACCCUGUCACAAUCACGCCCAUGCAGCAGCAGGCAUACCAGGAGCAGCGCGAGAAACAGUCCAAGCAGCCCGACUGGCAGACCCGAGGCACGCUACCACCCUCGCUCACCACAGCCUCGAUGAACUCGGCCCACGAAACAGAACACAGCUUUCCCCAAGAGUACGCCAUGAAACAGGAGUCGCUCGAAGCCUUGGUCGACAUACUGCGCUCUCUUGUCAACUGGGCGCAACAGGCGCUCCCCCAGCACACAAAGGCAAACCAUACCGACUUGCGCCCAUCGCUUGACGAUCUGAGGGUAUCCAUGGACACGCGCACCAUCUCUGAAUCCCCAAGGAUUGGUGCAGACUCGGGCACAGUCACGCCGCUUGCCGAGGACGACUACAGCCAACUUGAAAAGGCAAAGCAGCGGAAAACCGCCCUCUCAAAUGCGUUGAGACUAUUCAACUACAAGCCAAAACGUGGACUGAAGGCGCUGAUAGCAGAAGGCUUCAUUCCCUCGAACCGUCCCGAAGACAUUGCUCGCUUCUUCCUUGAUAACGACCAAAUAGACAAGACGGCACUUGGCGAGUUCCUCGGUGAAGGAGACGCCGAGAACAUUGCCAUUAUGCAUGCUUUUGUGGAUUUGAUGGACUUUACAAAAACACGCUUCACAGAUGCUCUGCGCCGUUUCCUGCAGAGCUUCCGGUUGCCUGGCGAAGCCCAAAAGAUUGAUCGCUUCAUGCUCAAGUUUGCCGAACGAUACAUUACCGGCAACCCCAACGCAUACGCCAAUGCCGACACAGCCUAUGUCUUGUCGUACUCGGUCAUUAUGCUGAAUGUCGACCAGCACAGCAAAAAGAUGAAAGGCCCCCGCAUGACGGCCGCGGAUUUCAUCAAGAACAACCGCGGCAUCAACGACAACGCCGAUCUCCCCGAGGAAUAUCUUCAAAGCAUAUUUGAUGAAAUCUCUCAAAACGAGAUUGUGCUCAACACGGAACAAGAAGCGGCUGCGGACAAGGGUCUUCUCCAACAGCAACCCGCCGGAGGACUCUCUAGCAUUGGUCAAGUGCUGACCGGCGGCGCUCGGGAUUCACAACGAGAGGCAAUCGUUCAAGCCUCAGAAGCAAUGGCGAACAAGACUGAGCAGCUGUACAAACAGCUUCUUCGUGCCCAGCGGAGAACAGCCGCCACUCCUACAGUGUCCAAGUUUAUUCCCGCCUCAUCGUCCAAACACGCUGGGCCCAUGUUUGAAGUUGCAUGGAUGCCGAUCCUCACUGCUCUCUCGGGCCAAGCUCAGGAUCACAAUAUUGAGAUUGUUCGCUUGUGCAUCGAGGGCAUCAAACUAGCAAUCCGAAUAUCCUGUCUGUUUGAUCUCGACAGCUCACGGCAGGCAUUUGUGGCUUUCCUCGCCCGCUUCACCAAUCUUUACAACGUGAGCGAGAUGAAGGCCAGGAAUAUGGAAGCUCUCAAAGUAUUGAUUGAGAUUGCACAGACAGAGGGAAACCUCCUUCGGGAAUCCUGGCGCGAGGUUCUCACCAGCGUGUCUCAAUUGGAUCGCUUUCAGCUCAUUUCCGCUGGUAUCGAUGAGCGUGCAGUCCCUGAUGUGCUCAAGUCGAACUCUGGAACUCCCCAGUCGCGGAAAAACCUCAACGUCCCGGCUAAGAGCCGAAGAGCGAACUCGCAGGCCGGUAACCUGAGUUUCCAUUCUGACGUAGCAGAGGAGAGUCGGUCGACUGAGAUUGUUAGAGGAGUCGACCGCAUCUUUACCAACAGUGCAAAUCUGUCGGGAGAAGCGAUUGUCGACUUUGUCAAGGCACUUACUCAGGUCAGCUGGCAGGAAAUCCAGUCUUCUGGGCAGAGUGAGUCGCCGCGUACUUAUAGCUUGCAGAAGCUGGUGGAGAUUAGUGGCUACAACAUGACGCGUGUGCGUUUCGAGUGGACCAACAUCUGGCAGGUACUCGGCGCUCACUUCAACGAAGUGGGCUGCCACACCAACACCAACGUGGUCUAUUUUGCCCUCAAUUCUUUGCGACAGUUGUCAAUGAAGUUUAUGGAGAUUGAGGAACUGCCCGGUUUCAAGUUUCAAAAGGACUUUUUGAAACCGUUUGAGCACAUUAUCAACAACACCAACGUCGUCUCCGUCAAGGACAUGGUGCUGCGUUGUUUGAUCCAAAUGAUCCAAGCCCGUGGAGAGAACAUUCGCUCUGGCUGGAAGACCAUGUUUGGGGUCUUCACAGUGGCUGCGAGAGAGCCAUAUGAGGGCAUCGUCAACCUCGCAUUUGAGAAUGUCACUCAAGUGUACAACACGCGCUUUGGCGUGGUCAUAUCACAAGGUGCCUUUGCCGACCUGAUUGUCUGUCUCACAGAAUUCUCAAAGAACUUCAAGUUCCAAAAGAAGUCGCUACAAGCAAUAGAACUCCUGAAGUCGUCUGUGCCCAAGAUGCUGCGAACGCCAGAAUGCUCGUUGUCUGCUCGCGCCGGGUACCUGAAAGAAUCCGACAUGGGUUCUUCCAUACCAAAGCAACCCAGCCGUCAAACACAAGAGGAGCAGUUUUGGUUCCCCGUCCUGUUCGCUUUCCACGAUGUCCUGAUGACAGGCGAAGAUCUCGAGGUGCGCUCAAGGGCCUUGAGCUAUCUGUUCGACACUCUAAUCAGCUAUGGCAACAACUUCCCCCGUGAGUUCUGGGACAUGCUAUGGCGACAGUUGCUGUACCCCAUCUUCAUGGUGUUGAAAUCAAAGUCGGAAAUGACCAAGGUUUUGAACCAUGAAGAGCUUUCUGUUUGGCUUUCGACAACCAUGAUCCAGGCUCUGCGCAACAUGAUCAAACUCUUCACGCACUUUUUCGAUGCAUUAGAGUACAUGCUCGAUCGCUUCCUUGAUCUUCUGGCGCUUUGCAUAUGCCAGGAGAACGACACGUUGGCUCGCAUUGGCAGCAAUUGCCUUCAGCAGCUCAUACUGCAGAACGUCCAAAAGUUCACACCAGGCCACUGGAGUCAGAUUGUGAGGGCAUUUGUUGAUCUUUUCCAGAGGACAGAGGCGACGGCGUUGUUCUCCGCAGCCACUGGCGGAUCCUCUCCACAGCAACCCUCAUUAAACGGCUCGGGGAAUUCGGCGGACAACGCUACGCCAACAGUAGACGGACCGCCAGGCGAGCUGUCGCUGCAGACACCUACUGAGGAGCCAAAGAUGGCCAAUGCACUUGGUAUCAACGGCCUGUCAAGCGGACGGCGGCCAUCGCUUGUUGCCUCAGACGCGAGCACGAUAGCCGCCGAGCAACGCAUGCCCUCUCCGCUACCUAAGCGUCAGACACAAGAUCUCGAGGAUUAUCGUCCCGAGACCCAAGACCUCCAGCAGCCUCCGGUAGUCGUCACCGCUGCCCGGCGGCGCUUCUUCAACCAAAUCAUCACAAAGUGUGUGCUCCAACUACUCAUGAUUGAGACUGUGCAGGAGCUGUUCACCAACGAUGCUGUGUACGAAAAGAUACCCUCGGGUGAGCUCUUGCGUCUCAUGGCGGUGCUCAAAAAAUCGUACCACUUUGCCAAGCGCUUCAACGCGAACCGCGAUUUGCGGUCCCGACUCUUCAAGGAAGGUUUCAUGAAGCAACCGCCAAAUCUGCUCAAGCAGGAAAGUGGAUCCGCAUCGGUCUAUGUGAGCAUCUUGUUUAGAAUGUAUCAUGACACAUCAAACGACCGCGCGGCCUCGCGUGCCGACACGGAAGCUGCACUGAUCCCGCUGUGCGAAGAUAUAAUCGCCUCGUACGUGGAGCUUGACGAGGAGACGCAGCAGCGCAACAUUAUGACUUGGCGGCCCGUGGUUGUGACUGUUCUCGAUGGUUACACUGGCUUGCCCACAACCGACUUUGAAAAGAACAUUGUCAUUUUUGCGCCUCUGGUUGUCGGUCUAUUGGGCACAGAAAUGGCGCCAGAUGUGCAACGCAGCGUACAAGCCCUGGUCGGGCGCAUUUUCGAAACCAAACUGGGCAUGGACAAAGUACCGCUUAUGCCGGCUAUCAGCCGUAGUCCUCGCGGCAGCUUUGUAGGAAGCCCUACGAUACAGAGGAGAGCUAGUAAAAGUGGACGGUAGAGUGAUCCUCUUUGAGUGUUCCCUCUCUGUUGUCAUUUUUUCCAUGAAUCAAGCACCAUUUCUGUACAAUUUACCACUUCGGAACAGGGAUGUUUGUGCGUUUUGUAUUGUUGCUUUUCUUUUCCGAUUGAUUAGGGUUAGAUGUUGGAGUGGUGUUUUAGCUGCUCCUCUACACCAAUACUUUUCUGGUAUACUAUUGGAUCUCGAGUCCGCAUGAGGCAAAGUGUUUGGGGAAAUGAUGAAGGGUGGACAGCAAGAGGGCGUUUUAUUUUUGCCAAAGUGCAAAAAGUUGGACAAGUUUAUU